GUAUGUGUAUCUGCCACAGGGCAGUAAAGUAUAUACAGAGCCCUGAACUUAAAAUAUGAAGACCUUCUUUCAGAUUCUGGCAAUGCUGCUUAUAGGUUGGCUGACCUUGGGCAAGUCUCUCAACUUCUCUGACACUUCAUUUCUGUAAUUGCAAAAUGAGGAUGGUGAUAGUGAAUGAGAGGAAAAAUUGGAAUAUACAUGUGAUAUGCCCAGGACAGUGGCUGGCACAUAGAAGGUGAUUGGUUUCAUGUUAGGCAACUUUGAAUAUGGUGGGCUGUGGGAGGAGGGUGCACAGGGGAGAAAAAGAGACCCAGAAGGUGAACAUUUGAAAGUAAACUCCAUUAUGUUGACGUUGGUUCACAUUAUAUAAAGUGAAUGCUUUCAUUCAAAAAAAUUUGGGGGUGGGGAGGGCCGGCUUGGUGGCACAGCGAUUAAGUUCACAUGUUCCGUUUCGGCGGUCCACGGUUUGCCAGCCCGGAUCCUGGGAUGCGGACAUAUGCACUGCUUGUCAAGCCAUGCUGGGGUGGGCCUCCCACAUAUAAAGUGGAGGAGGAUGGGCACGGAUGUUAGCUCAGGGCCAGUCUUCCUCAGCAAAAAGAGGAGGAUUGGCAGCAGAUGUUAGCUCAGGACUAAUCUUCCUCAAAAAAAAUUUUUUUUUUUUUUAUUAUCUAACUGUGGGAUUUUGGAUUCGGAAUUGUCUGGGAGUUAGAGAGCACCUCAACAUUUAUUGAGCCCUUACUGUGAAUUAGACCCAGGGUUGGCAAAGUGAUUUCUGUAGAUUAUCUCACUAAUCCUUUGUGGAAAGUGGGGUAGUAGGUAUCAUUACUGUGCUCUCAAGUUCAGAGACAUAGACAGUGGCCAAGAUCACCUAGCUGCUAGGCAAUGGAGCCUAACCUGGCUCUGUAACUCUUGGAUCCUCUGUAGCACACAAGUAUGUUGUGUCAUAAAACAAACAGCUUUUUUAGUGCAAAUUCUUGUGAAAUCCAAGCUCUGUUGCAGGAACCCUUCAAGGCACUGUCCACCUAGGCACAUAGUGGCGAGCCUGGCCACCUCUCAAAGCCACAUUGCCAAAAUGAUUACAAAAUACACUCUAAAGCACAUGAAAAGAUUGUUCUUUAAAACUAUUUCAUAGGAUGUCCUUAGACUAUGAACUCCAAAAGGGUAGAAACUCUUGCAGUCUAAUUAAUCUCUGGUUAUCUAAAACCACAAAUGGCACAUCCUCGAUAAAUAGCUGAUGAAUGAAAAAUAUAUUUUUCUGUAAUUCUCACAUUCUGUAGGCACACUGCUUUUCUCUCUCCAACUUUCAUCUUCUAGUUUUCUGAAUAACAGCCAAAAGGGAAGAAUGUAACAUUUAGUUGAGUACCUAUCAUGUGUCAGGUAUUGUGAGGAAUAGAUGUAGUUACAGAUGUAGUUAUAAAGUUAUAAAUAUCAAUAUAGUAUAUAUAGUGGUAGAUAUACAGAUAUUGAUAUAGUCAUAAAUAUAUAAAUGCAGGUAUAGAUGUAGAUCUAGUUGUAGAUAUAGAUAGUAACAGAUAUUGAUAUAGCCAUAGGUAUUGGCAUAUUUGUAGAUAUAGAUACAGAAACAGAUAUAGUUAUAAAGACAGAUAUACACAGAGAUAGACAUAUAGAUAUAGAUAUCUCUGGCCUUUCGUCCUCUUAACACACUGUGAGAUUAGGUUCUUACUUAUUGAUGCAGUAGCUGGACCCUGAAGUAUCUGUGUUCAGGAAUUUAUUCCCAUUCCUUCUCUUCAAACUCUAAUUUCAAAGGUUAGACAGCCAUUUCUUUUUGUGAGGCCUGAUUGUUCAAUGAGAGUUUCCCCAGAGAGAGUGCUAACAAACAAUAGCUCCCAUUUAUGGAGUACUUACUUUUGCUGAGUCUGUGCUACAUGCUUUAUACAGGAUGUCAUUCAUUCAUCACCACAACUCUAGGAAAUAGGUGCUGCCAAUAUUUUCAUAUUUUAGAGAGAGGUUAAUAAAAUUGCCCAAAGUUACAUGAGUGGUGAGUGAAGAGGUUGGAAUUUGAACCUGUGCUGUGUAACUCCUAUGGACAUGCUCUCAGCUACCACAGUUCUCAGCUGGACACUGUGUUUGGCCCUUUCAUGUGAUUAAGAUUAAAUUAGAAUUGCAAACACAUUUGUAAGAUGAUGCUGAAGUCAUUUCUCUUUUAUUUGAUUAAACCAAUAUGAUCUCAAUAAAAUAAAUUUUUAAAAAAGAGGGAUGCAUUAGUUUGCUAGAGCUGCAGUAACAAAACACUGCAGACUGGGAGGCUUAACCAAGAGGAAUUUGUUUUCUCACAGUUCUAUAGGUGAGAAGACUGAGAUGAAGAUGUUGGCAGGGCUGGUUUCUUCUGAGGCCCUGCUCCUUGGCUUAUGGAUAGUUGUCUUCAUGUUCACAUGGCAUUCUCCCUCUCCCUCUGUCCUGAUCUUCUCUUAUAAGGACCCCUGUUAUAGUGGAUUAAGAUCCAUCUAAUGAUCUUAUUUUAACUUAAUUACCUCUUUGAAGAUCCUAGCUCCACAUGCAGUCAGAUUCUGAGGUACUGGGGCGUUAGGACUUCAACAUAUGAAUUUUGAGGGGACAUAAUUCAGCCCAUAAUAAAGGCUUAAUUAGUUUCCUCGCUAUUUCUCUCCCUCUUCUUUUGGUCUUUAGCCACUUAUUAAGGGGUUGUUUGCAUUGUCUUUGGGGAUUUUAAGGAAGACCCUGAGGUCAUUUAUACACCUAUGUAUAAAAAUGGCAACUGAGUCUGGCAUUCUUGCUCUAAAUCAGCUCCAGCCUGUGAAGGGAGGUAUGCAUUGGAAAAAAAUAGCAGAGAAGGUGGGCUUCUAGAAACCAGCUCUGCUACUAAACUUGCCUUGCAACCUUGGGGAAAUCCCUGUCUCUCUUGGGAUGUUGGCUUAGAUCAGGGAUUUUAAGCUCAAAUGUCCAUAGGAGCUAGACAGGAGCAGUAAGUGGAGAAGUAGAUAGGUGUGACAAAAGAGAGUGGUGGAAACAGUGUCAAAUUGGAGAACAUCCCGUUUAAGUUAAGCAGAAAAUUCUCAGGUCCAGUCAGUUGGUGCUAGCUUGAAAUGAAGGCCCUGUAUUGCUAGCCCUUCUAAGUUUUCAAGAGAAAACUUCAUUCAAGACUUUUAAAUGAGAUCUCACAAAUUUUACAUGUUGGCAAUUCAAAUUUUACCUCCAAGGACUGAGAGUCAAAAGGAAUAUGGCCAAGGUCCAGGUCUGGGCCAGCUGAUAUCUCGGGUCUUCUUGCCCAAAAGUGCUCUGAUGAAACCAAAGAUGGUACUGUUGAUUGAUCGACGGGCACUAAAAGAGAAGAGAACAUUCUUCAGUUCACGUGGCCCAAGGAUCUGUGCUGACAAGCAAACUCGAAGGGAUGAACUUUUCAUAUAUCUAUCCUCUUUUCUGCAACAGUAACCCAAUUGCAUAUUUAGCACUGCCGCCUCUACUAGAAAUACUUAGCGGGGUUCUGGGGGCAGAAUCCAAAUUAGUUGGGGUUAGGUAUUUUGUGUCUAGACUGUCUAAAAAUAAAUUGAGUCAAGUUUUAUUGCUCUGUUCUAUGUGUCUGUUGUCAAACAGGAUUAUUUUGCUGCUGAAACUGAGGAGGAGGGGCUUAAUUGUUUGCAGUGAUAAAGUGCUUGAAUCUCAAAGCUGUGUGCAAAGUGGCUUUCUUCAGGCAACAUUCUCAUGGAUAGAUAGUUACAGCUUAAGCCAAUUUUCACAAUCAAAUUUCAAGAAGGACCCUAAUAAAUGAGAGUUCUGUUCCCAUGUUUGUGGCAUUUGUUGGGGUCUGGAGUGGUGCAGAGGUUCAUUUCACGUGUCAACUCCAAUGGAUUGGUAACAGCUGCCCGGAAGCUGUCCUGGGGAAGACCCUGAAGCCAGGCCCCAGUCCAGUAAAGACGGUGCUGUGAUAUUUACUUCAUCUGUCCUGAGUAUGGUGGUGUAUAUUUGUCAAUAUCCUCGUAGUCUCAAGUGACAGAAAUCUAAUCUUAGGCAAGAAAAAUGGUUGGCUCAUAAAAAUUCAGGAUAGGAUAUUAACAAGAAUGGAGUAGAGAUGUGGAUGGGCCUCAGGCACAAUAUGAACCAGUGACUUGAACUCCUCUGAGAUACUCUCUGCCCCUCACCUCCACAUCUCUCAAUAUCAUUUUUGUUCUCUCAUAUAGAAUGGAUACCUCCACAUGACAGAAAGCAUAACUACAGACAGUUCCAAAAAUGUGCAUUUUGCAGAGUCCAACAGAGAGAGACUGCCUUAUAUACUCUUUGGUAACAAGCACACACACACAUUUUGGGGAGGGAUUAUGAUUAGCCCACUUUGGAUUUAAAAAUCAUGGGGAAUGACUGCUCAACCCUGGACCAAUCAACUUUAGACAGAAGUUGGAAUCACCUAAAAAUAUGACAGCUUCCAUCAGAACCACACAUUUGGGCUCAGCAGGAAGAUAGGUCUCCAGAGCAAGGAUAGCAUGGAAUAUAAGACUUUCAAAAUAGUGAGUUUCUACCACAAAGGGGUUGUCCACAUGGCUACCAUCCUGAGCUUAAAUCCAAGGGGGUAAAGGAGAAGGAGAAGACCCUCAGGAAUGGGUCCCAACCUCAUCUAGUAUCUACAGCUUCUCCCUGUUGUUUUCUGCCUUGUGCUUCCUUAGCCGGUAAGAGACAUCCCCACCUAAAUCAAUAAAUAGGGCCCUCCAAAGUUCAGUGAGCUGAAACAAAGCUGUAACCCUAGCAGUUAACCAGGAGUGCCUCCAUUUUGUGGAGGAAAUUCCUGCUCCCUGACCAAUCUGUUAGCCAUCUCUUCCCAAGGCAGGCGGUGACCUGAGAAUUCUGCGCCUGCUUCCUGAGGACUGCCCCACCAUGCAGUGGCUGAUGAAGUUCCGGGUCCUCUGGGGCAUCCACAAAUCCUGCCAUGGCUUCCUCCCUGCACCUCAACACCUGCGCUGCCAGUUUUUAUCAGGAGCUGAAGCCCCAAGAUGGAAUGACCAUGAUACACCUGAGGAAUUUAACUUUGCAAGUGGUGUAUUGGACUAUUGGACUCAAAUGGAGAAGGAGGGCAAGAGAGGUCCAAACCCAGCCCUGUGGUGGGUGAAUGACCAAGGGGAUGAAGUGAAGUGGAGUUUCAGAGAGAUGACAGACUUAACCCGACGUGCAGCCAACGUCUUUACGCAAACCGGUGGCCUGCGACAGGGAGACCAUCUGGCCUUGAUUCUGCCUCGAGUGCCUGAGUGGUGGCUGGUGACUGUGGGCUGCAUCCGAACAGGGAUUGUUUUCAUGCCAGGGACCACCCUAAUGAAGGCCAAGGACAUUCUCUACCGACUACAGGUGUCUAAAGCCAAGGGGAUCAUAACCACAGAUACCCUUGCCCCAGAAGUGGACUCUGUGGCUUCUGAGUGUCCUGCUCUGAAAAUCAAGUUCCUGGUAUCUGACCACAGCCGUGAAGGGUGGCUGGACUUCCGAUCACUUAUUAAAUCAGCAUCCUCAGAUCACACCUGUGUUAAGUCAAAGACCAUGGACCCAAUGGCCUUCUUCUUCACCAGUGGGACCUCGGGCUUGCCCAAGAUGGCAAAACACAACCAGGGACUUGCCUUACGAUCCUCCUUCCCUUCAUGCAGGAAAUUGCUGCAGCUGAAGACGUCUGAUGUCUUCUGGUGCCUGUCAGACCCAGGCUGGAUUCUGGCUGUCUUGGCGUCCAUGUUUGAAGCAUGGACAGCAGGGUCUACGGUCUUUAUCCAUCAUUUGCCCCGGUUUGACCCCAACGUCAUUGUCCAGACACUCUCCAAAUACCCCAUCACCCAAUGCCUUGCUGCACCAUCCGUAUUUCGAAUGAUUCUGCAGCAGGAUUUCACCAGUCUCAGGUUCCCCACCCUGGAGCACACCUGUGCUGGCGGGGAGGCCCUGCUGCCUGAAGAGCAAGAGCAGUGGAGAAGACAGACAGGAGUUCUGCUCUACCAGGUGUAUGGACAGUCAGAAACGGGAAUAACUUGUGGCAUUCUCCGGGGAAUGAAGAUCAAGCCGGGUUCCAUGGGGAAGGCCAUCCCACCCUUUGACGUCCAGAUCAUUGACGACAAAGGUGACGUCCUACCGCCCAACACCGAAGGAAACAUUGGCAUCAGGAUCAAGCCCACCAAGCCCAUAGGCCUCUUCAUGUGCUACCAGGAUGACCCUGUGAAGACAGCAGAAACGGAGUGUGGGGACUUUUACAACACUGGGGACAGAGCGACCAUGGAUGCAGAGGGCUACAUCUGGUUCCUGGGGAGGAGUGAUGAUGUCAUCAAUGCCUCUGGGUAUCGCAUCGGGCCAGCAGAGGUGGAGAAUGCCCUGGCCGAGCAUCCAGCAGUGGCUGAGGCAGCUGUGGUGAGCAGCCCGGACCCGAUUCGAGGGGAGGUGGUGAAGGCGUUUGUUGUCCUGACCCCACAGUUUCUGUCCCGGGACAGGGACCAGCUCACCAAGGAGCUGCAGGAGCACGUGAAGUCAGUGACGGCUCCGUACAAGUACCCGAGGAAGGUGGAGUUUGUCCCAGAGCUGCCCAAAACCAUCACUGGCAAGAUUAAAAGGAAUGAACUUCGGAAAAAGGAGUUUGGUCAGCUGUAAUCGUCAAUAAACUCAGAAACCACUGCGUGACUGGGUAAAUCCCUGGCCACCUCAGUUUCCCCAUAUGGCGAGGGUGAGGAUGGGGGUGUUGAGAGAGUUGACUUGGAAGAGUAUCAGGAGUGCCAAUAUUUCAGCAUUUUUGUUUCUUUCAGAUUAAUAUCAGUCACUCUUUUUCCUCCAAGUCUCCUCUUCCUUCUGGAUUGCCCAGAUGAGCACACAGAUUGGGGCUGGAGGUAAUAAAAUAUGAAUAUGAACAUCAA